CAGCUUAGUUAGUCACUUCUCAGCUUCGAUCGUAUCCGGACGCGUUCUCGAGUUGGUGGUGGUUCGGAGUUUUCCGAUCAAUCUCAACGAGUAGGAGGCAUCUACUGUGUGAACGUUUAUCUUUCAGGCGUCAAAUCACACACGCUGAUACGAGAUCUUGUGUGCUUCUGCUGGGGUAGCUGUUGUCGGGUGCUAGUGUUGUAGAUAAUUUCUCAAUUUGAUAUAAGUUUUUUUUCUGCCAAACGAGCGAGUCCGGGAUACGCGUAGACCCUGUGCGGCUCCCUAUCACCCACUUCCGGUUUCGACGCGUUCCAGCUGCUUGCCCUCCUAGCUCAAGUUUGGUGCUAAUGAAUGCUGCUUGCUAGAAACGAUUUAUUAUUAUUCCGGGCCAUUGUGUAGAGCUUGAAUCUGAAUCUGGCUGUAGCAGAACUUGCGAAAACUAUUGUUUGGGUCAAUUGAGGAAAUUGAUUUCGGGAGAGGAUCCGGGCCAAAAAUAUUCAGCCAAGGAUAAGUGCUUUUCAAAACAGAGCAGCAAAUCGAAACGGAGAGUGUGUUUAUUUGGGUGCCUAGACAGCCCUUCGAGUGUUUUGUCCGCUCCUGCUGCCUAGACCUGGUCUUGUUAGUUAGCUGAGGUUUAUCGAUUCCACACCCGGUAGGGGGGCAAAUCGCGUCAGGUUCAAAUCCGUCCGUGGUGCUAAAAAAGUUUCAGCCUCAAAAGGGCCAGAACGCGACGCAAGAAUUUCUGUUGCGAGUGUUUUGUUGGGAGGAAAAUUCUGAGAGGUAAAAAUAUCCCCCCUCAAUUGCUGAAUCAAACAAAUUAUAUGGGCCACUUUAGAGCACAACAAAAAGAUGUGAAGCGAGCGUGUAAAGUGCCAAGUGUGUGAAAGGGGAAAAUUUAUGCUUGGUAAAGAAAAUUCAAGCGCCGUCGUUCGCUUUCCGUCGUUUCGUAUCGUCCGUUUUCCUGUUAUUCUUCUUCCGUGAGCCUCCUGUUUGAGAGCGCAGGAAAAUAGUAGGCAGGAAGUGUGUUAUUUUUCCGUUGCGAGUGGAAACCUUGUGAGCUGUGUGUUUUUCUAGAGCCGAUCCACUCACUGCUCCCGGUGAGUUUCGUUUCGAGCUCCUCGACGUGCAGGUGUGUUUGUGAGCAACGUUGCAGCAAAAGGACCUGGUUCCGGUGAAUCGCACGGGACGCCUCGAGGGAUCAAAAGAGCGAGCGCCCCGAACGUGGCCGAAGGACGACUCACUGUCCGUGUAAAUUUUGAGCGCAUCUUUUUUAAAGAUUUUGCGUAUAUCCGGAGGAAAAAGGACCGAAAUUUUCAAAUUUCAAUGUUGCUCAACGGCUUUCAUACUUCCAGUUCUAGCCAAUUGAGGCUAGUUCAAUUUAAAAAAUCUCUUUAAGCACCAGAUCCAGAAAUAGCAAACCGUAAGUCCAGAGGUUGAACACCCCUGGCCGCAAACUUCCGUCAGCACGGCUUCGAAGCUCGGUCAGUUCCUGGGGAGAAUGAUCAAAUCCUACAAGCUGUAUCUGACCCUGCUAGUCAGCUCGAUCUUCAUCAUCCUGUGCCAGAAUCAGAUAUCGAUAGCAAACUUCGUUAGUUCCACCUCGGCUGCGGGUACUGCGGCAAAUGGCGGCACAGAUCAGGGACCGGUGGCUGAGGCCCUGGUGGAUCAGGAUCCUCCCUUAGGAGCGCUGGAUAAGAUCCGGCUGAGGAGCCUCACCUUCAACGAGGUCCGGCAGUUGGCGGGAUCGAAAACCACAACUACUCUAGGAACUAGUAGUAGCAGCAGUAGUAGCAGUAGCAGUAGUAGUACAAUCAGCACAUCGACGACGAGCACAACGAGUAGUACGACAACGUCCACUACGACAACGCAGGCACCGACUGCCAGAGAAGAUGCGGGUCAUCAUCAGCAGCCAACGGUGGACAGUGAUAAUAGCCACAUUCCUCCGUUUCCGGUAGACACCAAGGUGCUGCCACCGUUAUACAUCAUCACGCCUACCUACAGGCGACCGGAACAGCUAGCCGAAAUCACCCGGCUCGGCUACACCCUGAAGCACGUGCAGAACCUCUUCUGGCUUAUCGUGGAAGAUGCGGACAAGCGGACGGAAUCCGUGACCAGGCUUCUCCGGCAGAUAAACGUUCCCUUCGUCCAUCUCACGGCUCCCAUGCCGGCCAAAUAUCGUAAGCUUAAGGUGAAACCACGAGGCGUGUCCAACCGGAACCGGGGGCUGCAAUGGAUCCGGGCCAACGCCACCGAUGGGGUGCUGUACUUCGCCGACGACGAUAACACCUACAAUUUGGAAAUCUUCGAGCAGAUGCGACACAUCCGGAAGGUGGCCAUGUGGCCGGUGGGGCUGAUUUCGAAGUACGGCGUCAGCAGUCCCAUAGUAGUGAAUGGAACCAUCACCGGAUUCUACGAUGGAUGGAUCGGUGGCCGGAAGUAUCCGAUCGAUAUGGCUGGUUUUGCCGUCAGUGUCCGGUUCCUGUUGAAACGACCCAAGGCUGAGAUGCCCUUCAAGGCCGGCUACGAAGAGGAUGGCUUCCUGAGAAGCUUAGAUCCGCUGGAUCUGAAGGAAAUCGAACUGUUAGCGUCUAAUUGCACCGAGAUACUAACGUGGCAUACUCAAUCAAAGAAAAAUCCCCCGGCACUUCAGCUGAACAAGACGAAGUACGGAUCAACGAACCUGGUGAAGCUAACCCAAAUACUAGUUUAAGAGGAUUCAAAUGCAAGGAAUUGCGGGAGAAUGUAACCAGAUUUAAUUUAAACCAGGGGAAUUGCAAUAACUCUGAAUGCCACAUUGAGAAUUGAAUGUCGGAGUAAACAUAAGAUCGACAUCUUACAGGUGCUAUUUUAAAAAGAAUUCAAUCGAAAAAGUAUCAAUCAUAAACGCACUUACUCUUUUAAAGCCCAAAUUCUUUUCCAACGCCGAAGGAACGUUUCGAAAAGGGGUACUUAAUUGAACAGUUUAUAAGCUACCUAGAUAAAAAAAAGUCCCAAUUGGUUUUGAAACACCAAAAAUCAAAACCCCCUUCUCAAGAAAUAAUUUUAAAACGGAACUAAAAUGACAUUCAGAAACGAAACGAAAAUUAGUGUAUCAUAGGAAAAAAUCAAGAUUAGCUAGGAAGAAUACAAAUCAAAAUCUUCUCUUGAGGUCGCGGUACACCUUAGGUGAAAAUUAAACUGAAAAAUCUUGUUUUGUCAAUAACUCAAAAAAGCAACACAUAGGUAUUGGCUCUGUAUCACGGUGGAAUCGAUGAGGAAUAGUGGAAAACUGAAUUCUGGACCGGUUUCAGUGUUAAAAACUUCUUAAAAAUGUUUUUAUUUUGAUUUCCCAAUAUUAGGGGUGAAUCAUCUCAGAAGAUCCCGCACGAAAAAAAUUGCCUCAAUAUGAGAAAAUUUCCGCAGUGAAAAUCGGGGGAAUCGAAAUUUAAACAUUUUUUAACCGGUUUUGAAUACUAAGGUCAGUUCGAAAUUCAUCUGUUAACUAUUCCCAAUCGAUUCCACCAUGUUAAAAAACCAACUUAUGCCUCUUUUUUGAGUUAUUGGCGAAAUAUGAUAUGAGGUGUACCGUGACCUUUAUUAGUUGAAAGUGAAAAUGAAAAGAAAAUGAACAAAGACAACUUUACCAGACUAUUCUCUUCCAUUCAACACAAGUGAUUUGGACGAUUUGUGCGAGUGUUUUUUUCUCGAUUAGGUGUACAUAUUAUUUUUACGUUCCACAGUAUCUCUUUUUUCUUGAUAUCUUUAGCUAUUCCAUUCUAUUACAAUUGAACACAAGACACGUAGAACUUAGAUAAUAAAAAUUGAGAGACAAAAACAAAAACAAACAGGUGGAAUCGGCUGAAAGUUUUACAAAUGCUCGAUCGAAAACAUGUUCUUAGAUAGUAUUAGCUAUACUCAAAUUUUUAUCACAUAUAACAAUUCUCGGUCAUCGGAACUAAAAAAAAAAACUUAUGUAUAUAUUGACAGUUAUAAUCACUUCUCUUUCAUAUCUUGAACAAUAUGUAUUUUAAUUUCAGUGUAGUGCUAGAUAAACCAGGAAACAAUUCCAAAGAUAUAAUAAAAACCAAAGCCAUAACAAACUAAGAGGAGAGCAAUCCUUUAAAACAAAUAUCAUUUGUACCCAGUGCAAGCUCAUCUCAAAUAUAACAAUUAAAUGAGUGCAAUAUUGACUACAGCGAGCUUUUCCAGUUGCAGAUAUCAACAAAACCCAGUUAUUUUUUUCGAUGAAAAAACAAAAAAAAAAACAAGUAGUUUGCCUUUAACCAUAGGUUUUCUCCAAACUUAAAAAAACACAAUUGUAAAAGCGUUGGAAUUCAAUCUGUUCUCUGUUUCUUCGCACCGUCAGCUAAGCGAAACAUCCAACAUCAACAAAAAAUAACACACUGUCUAACGGUUAUGAAUUCCUUUUUGAAAGUUGAUAACUUAAUCACAAAAUCUUGUAUUAGGUAUUCAGUUGAUGCAAAUUGUGCGAUCCCCCCAGGCUGCAGUUUAACGGGAUUUAGCCACCCGGUUAAAAAAAAAACACUUAUUAUAAGUCAUCAAUAAAUGAUAUUGGAAAUAUCAGUAUGAA